AUGCAGUUCUCUACCGUCCUCCUCGCUCUCGUGGCUACCACCUCCGCCGCCGUACUCCCCCGUACCGAAAACAAGGGUCAGUGGUUCGUCCAAAUGACACUCGGCCCCGACAUUGAGCAACUGUACCUCUACGCGGAGUUCACAUCAGACGAAUACGACGAAGACCACAAGCUGAGGAGCAGCUGUGUUGAAGCACCCAACGCUGAGCUUCCUGUUGCCCAUAGGUGCGACCGUGCCGCGUUCGACUUUUCCUAUGACGGAGCAACCCUCAACGUCCAACAGACUCUUGAUAGCGGCGUGACUGUCUAUGGAUCAGCACCCUUGUCUAUCCAUACCUUUAUUGGCGGCGGUCGUUUCCGGGAUGAGACUACCAUUCAGGUAUCUAGCGCUGUUGCUUGA